AGAGAUCAGGUAUGAAGAACAGAUCAAUAAACUGGUCCUGGAGAAGCAGGAAUUGGAGUGGGAAAAGGAAUCUGUUCAGCACCAGAUCAACACUGUGACCAGUCAGCACAAUGAGGCUCUGGAAGCGGUGAAAAAGAGGUUUCAGGCCCAAAUUCGAGGGAUGGAAGAAGACAAGGGAAAGCACCAACUCACUGCUGAGCUCAGGGAGAAAGAGAUGACCAGUCUCAAGGAGGAGCUUAAAUCACUGCAGUUGUGCAAGUACAGUUUGGAGAAGAAGUUGGGCGAGCUGGAGCAGAAGCUGGAGUUGCAGAGCCAGAGUAAAGAUGGGCACCUGAAGCAGCUGGGGGAGGUGGAGCAGCGCUUCGGGGUUGUGGCACGCCAGUGUGCCGUGCUCAAGCAGGCCCACGACCGACUGCAGCACAACGGUACCCGCUUCGGGGUGGUGGCACGCCAGUGUGCCGUGCUCAAGCAGGCCCACGACCGACUGCAGCACAACGUGGAAGAGGCUGUGAAACUCAACAAGAAGCUGUCUACUGUAAAUAAAAGUCAAGCGUCGAAAAUAAACACACUUACACAGGACACGGAGAGGCUGAAUGGUGAGCUGAUCAAGUCCAAGGUGCUGUCUGCGUACCAGUCGGGAGAGGACAACUCCGGCCUCAAGGAGUGUGAACGGCAAAUCCAGCAGCUGCAGCAGCGACUGCGCACGGAAACGGAGCUGAACAAAAAACUUCAGAAUGAGAAUGAAGUUGCUCAUUUGGAAAAACAGGAAGUGCUCACCUCCCUGCAGCACACCCAGCAGUUGCUGCAGACCCAGACACAGGCUCUGAGUCGCUCCCAGGCAGAGCUGCUGGCCCAGAGAGAGGAGUAUCAGGCCCUCAAAAGACAGCACGAGCUAGUCCUGGAAGAAGCCAGAGGGAAGGAGGAGAAAUUUGGUCGUCUGAAGGAGGAGUGCAAAAAGGACAACAUCCUGUGGGGAAAAGAGAAACAUGUGCUUGAGGAGAAGCUACAGGCUCAGCAGCAGGAGCUGGGCUCAGUGAGGGAGGCCUACGAACACCUCCAUGACAAGCACAAGCAGCUCACCGACGCCAGGCUGCACACCGACAACACCCACAGCCCUAAGCAUGAGGGAAUGCAAAACAAAGAAGGGAACAGUCAGCAUGUUGAUGGCCAACAGUUGGAAGAUGCACCCAUUAAAAGUGGAUCACUCGAAGAACAGAUUGAUUCUCAGAGCGCAGUGCACAACACUACACAUUCUGAAACGGUGCCAGAAUCCCAUAUAGCCAAGUCUACAGUGAUGGAUAAAGCUACUCGUCCUACAGAGGUUCAGCGAAUGGGAGUAGCUUACCCUCCAUCCAACCAAACCGGUAUUCACGGUGGUGCACCACCGGCCCACGUUGACUCGCCGGCAACUCAGCAACCUGCUGAACAGGAAGUGACAAAACAGAGUUGUCCCUCCUCCGACCAAUCAGCUGUAACGCCAUCAGCAGGACGUUCUGCUGCUCCUGUUGCUCUUGCUGGUUCUCAGAAGGACAUUGUUGCCAAAGAUGCACCUACUAGUGACGCAGCGAUGAGCGCGAUGACAGAUCUUAACAAGAGCCGGGUUCCUGGCCUCCCUGAGACCAAUCAGCCCAGCACCUCAUUUACUGUGGAUGACAUGUCGAGAAGUGCAGACAACAACAACAGCAGCAGCAGCACGGCCUGCCAGAGGGAAGGGCCAGAGCUACUGCUAGGGCUUGGGCUUGGGCCAGGGCUAUCUCUGCCUGAGACCAGCUCUGUUUACGACGGCAAGGGUGACCCUGGGCUUGCUGGAGGAGGAAAGGGGGAGGUGGGAGUAGUGCAGCAGCAGCAGCAGCAGCAGCAGACGGCAUGUAGUACCCCUGAGGCAAGACAAGCCGCGUCACUAGAUAACGCUCCAGACAGUCAGGCAGUGUCUCCAGCAGCAGCAGCAGCAGGAGCAGCAGCAUCAACAACAACAACACAGGGCCCUGUGGCCACACAGACCCAGCCUCAGAUGCUGUUGACCCAGCCGGAAGCCUUGCCACCAUCACCACCACCACCACCAAGUGCCCUCACCAUCCAAAACACAGGUGGAGGUGAAGUGGUCCCUCCCACCCAUACAGCAGCUGGUCAGGUUGGUGUCAGUGGUCAGUGUGGCUCUGGCACCCCCAUGGAGGUCACACUACUGACAACUCUCUCGCAGCAGAACACCACCACUCGUGUCCUACCAGGGCCAGAGAGACCCACCACGUCUUCACAGCCUCAAAAACACCCAGUUGAGUUGGCCUCCACACAGUGUACCAAUCAAGCCCAGCAUGACCACCUCGCUCAUGCCAGUUUGCAGCCUAACCACCAGAAGAGCUGUUUUCAAGAGACAAAGGUUCUCCAUGGCCAGAAUAAUAUGUCAUGUGGCCCACCCUCAGAGAAAGCAGCCGGCACAGCAGCUCAGGUCGUCGGCCCUGAAACUGAAAGAAACACUUCAGCUGCCGCACCACCACCACCAGCAGCAGCCGCUGACUCAAACGGCAGCCUUGUCACCACUGCUCACUUGCGCUCCCCUGAAUUAUUCCCUCCAUCGCCCCCUGACACCAGCACAGAGGCAGGCCCACCACUGCCACCACCACAAGCAGCCGGGCCCUCUGAACAACCUUGCACCGCCGACGACAACCGCAGAAGCGACCAGAGCAACAACCUCAACGUCAACCCAGGAGCAGACGACGCCUCAGUCUCAGUUCAGUCUCAGACGUCCAAGACAAGCAGUGAAACAGGGGCCGACCAGAGGUCACACUGUCAAGCGGCGGCAGCAGAUCUCGCAGCCACAGCCCCGACCACAGCAGCCCCAACCACCACCCCCGCCCCAGCCCCAGCCCCAGCCCCGGGGACAAAGACACACAGGUCCUCCUUUGUGUGGGGCGGCAGCAGCAGCAGCAGCAGCAGCAACACGCUGGCUAAGAGCUCAGCGCUGAUGAUGAUGAUGAGUUUGCACGGCGCGGACGGUGCUGCUCCACAUGUCACUGCUCAGAGUAGCAGCUAUAGCCCUGUCUGCACCAUGUCCCAGGCAGCUCCGGGACCAGGGCCGAGGCCCGCCGUGUCCACAACACCACGCGGAUUCCUGGAGGCUUCCUCCGCCUUCUCCUUCGCCGCUCCUAUCUUUCAGCAAGGCAGACUUAACAAAAGAGAUUCUACAGCUCAUGUAAGAAGUGCAGGAGCUUCAGAGGGUGCUGGCGUGGAUCCGGGCCACAGGAGAGACCAGUCGAAGGACUGGAACGCCAUCAGACGCAGCCUCAGUGAGAUGACCACAGCAGGAAUGGUGGAGGGUCGGCUGUCCAUCCCCUUCAGCUCGGCGGCAAGCUCCUCCGCGCCCCUGACACCGGAGUCAUCGCAGGGUAAUGACUUGAGACAGGAUUGCACUCCCUCCCAGUCCGUCACCCACCCGCGACAGCAGUCCACGAGUGGUGGCGGUGGCGGUGGCACUGGGGUGACGAUGACGGUAACGACCGCCCAGUGGCCGGUGGCUGAGGGCUCGCAGCAGGCCAGGCUGCAGGACAGGCCCACCAUCAACAUCCGAGACCAGAUCGCAAAACUAGAGCAGUUCCUGAACUCAGAGGGAGCCAGCUUGCCCAAGAAGUCCAAAAUAGAGGAAUGAGCUACAGCAGUAGGUUGUGAUUGAUAGCUUACGCUUACAAAGUAUGUUGUAUCUUCACAAAAUGAAGAUAGUCAGCUACUGUCAGAUGAAAAACUUGGCUGAUUUUGUUUCUGCAGAUAGAUUAAAAACUGUACUUUCGGCGCUGUAUUUCAAUUUUUGUCCACGUAUAAGAACACAAUCCAUGAGUGAUUACUACAACAGCAAGCUGUGAACCAUCUGUAUUAUACCUCUUUAAACAAACAAAAUGAUAACUUUGUAUGUCUCAAAAUGGAGUUCUUGAAUAUUUGUCUGACUGUGUGUUCAUUUAAUGCACAACAUUGUGUCUGCAUAAAAUGCAGCAAACUGUGAACCACAUGUACUGUAUUACCUCUUUAAACAAAUAAAAGGAUAACUUUGUAUGUUUA